AUGAGUUCCCCACGCCGCCGCAUCGAGACAGAUGUCAUGAAAAUGCAGGAGUUCUACGUCAAGUUCAAAGGGCCAGCGGAAACACCCUUCGAAGGCGGCAUCUGGAAAGUCCGCGUCGAGCUACCCGAUCAGUAUCCGUACAAGUCCCCUAGCAUUGGUUUCGUGAACCGAAUCUUCCAUCCCAACAUCGAUGAGCUAUCCGGAUCGGUUUGCCUGGACGUCAUUAACCAAACAUGGUCGCCAAUGUUCGACAUGAUCAACAUUUUCGAAGUGUUCCUGCCUCAGCUACUACGUUACCCGAACCCCACCGAUCCUCUCAACGGAGAGGCCGCUGCGAUGCUUCUCAGAGAGCCCAAGACGUACGAGAACAAGGUGAAGGAAUACGUCCAGAAGUACGCGAGCAAGGACGCAGCAGACGAGGCGGAUGCGGAAAGUGAAGACGACGGCGAACUGUCAUCCGUGGCGAGUUUCGAUGAGGACGACGACGAAGAGGCCGCCGGUAAGAUGGACGACGUCUAG